ACCGUCGAUACUUGCCUGUGCACAGACGAUACUUUAAGAUAUAUAAUGAAGGAGAUGACCAAGCGAGGAUGUCUGCCUCCAAUCAUCAAGUGUAUACCAUGCAAUGAACCUUCGUUUGGUUAUUUCGAAGCUGGAACAGGCUUGCUGAUAUGUAACAAUGUAAAGACAUAUUCGGUGACAUUGAGGAAUACGAUUGUACAUGAAAUGAUACAUGCUUAUGACACGUGUCGUUAUGAUUUGGAUCCAAAUGAUUGUGUUCAUGUGGCCUGUACAGAGAUUAGAGCUGCCAAUCUGAGUGGCGAUUGCAAGUUCUCACAAGAGUUUGGACGUGGUUUCACUGGUAUCUACAAUCAUAUGCCAGAAUGUACCAAACGAAGAGCGAUCAAAUCACUUGAGGCACAUCCCAAAUGCAAACAAAUCGCUGAAGUCUCUGUCCUCAAGGCAUGGGACAAGUGCAAUCCUGACUAUGCACCAUUCACUGUCAUACCCAAA